AUGGGAUUGUUACAGUUUUCGUUGCUUGCCUUGAGCGUUUUCAGCGGAGUGCAGCAAGGACUGGCUAAGUCCGCUGAAGAAUGGCGAGACCGUGUCAUUUAUCAAGUUUUGACGGAUCGUUUUGCCGUCAACGAUACCUCGAACCCUGAGUGUCAAAAGGGUUCUAGUAAAUACUGCGGUGGUACUUGGAAAGGCAUUCAAUCCAAGUUAGAUUAUAUUCAGGAAAUGGGGUUCAAUGCUAUUUGGUUGUCUCCUAUCGAUAAAAACGUUGAAGGAACAUAUGGUGAAGACGGCGAAUCUUAUCACGGCUAUUGGAAUAGUGAUUUCACCCGCCUGAACGAACAUUGGGGUUCCGAAGACGAUUUGAUUGAUCUUAUUAAUGAUAUGCACAAUCGUGAUAUGUGGGUUAUGUUUGACGCUCUUGCCAAUUCCAUGGCUAUUCCUGGUCCCCCUGAUAACAUUACCUAUUCGAACCUCCAUCCUUUUAAUUCUUCUGAGUAUUUCCAUCCAUUCUGCUGGAUCGAUUAUGCAAGCACAAAUAACACUGAGAUUCAAGAUUGCUGGGCUGGUGAUGAUGAAAUUAUCCUUGCCGAUUUGAAUCUUGAAUCAAAGCAGGUGUCUAAUUAUCUCAAUGAACAUAUCCACGACGUUGUACGUCGCUAUGGUAUUGAUGGUAUCCGUGUGGACGCUAUUAAACAAAUGAACCCUAAUUUCUUCCCUGAUUAUCUAAAUUCCGCUGGUGUUUUUUCUGUUGGUGAAAUGUUUUCCUACAACCCAGACAUUGCUUGUUCUGUUCGUAACCAAAUUGAUAGUAUCACCACCUAUCCGAUUCGACAAGGAAUUGAGUUUGCUUUCAACAAUACCGGCGCUGCUUUCCAAUACCUUCAGCAAAUUGAUAUGCAGUUUCAGCAGGCUUGUUCCGGCCAAGAUAUGUCCAUUGUUGCUAACUUUUUGGAAAAUCAUGAUUUACCCCGUUAUCCUUACAUUACAGAUGAUGAAUCGCAAAACAAAGGAGCCAUUGUGUUCCUUCUUCUUCAUACUGGCAUUCCAAUCAUUUAUUAUGGGCAGGAGCAACAUUUGACUGGUGGUGCCGGCACUUCUGAUAAUCGUGAAGCUUUAUGGAAUUACGGAUAUAACAACAGCUCACCUAUUUAUCAGUUAAUUCGUACAGUCAUUGCAUUACGAAAGCAAGCUAUGCAUGACAAUAAAAAUUGGACGACGACUAAUCACCAGUAUUUGAACAAUGAACUACGUUACUCAUUCGUUCAAAAGGGAGACGUUCUCGGUGUCUAUUCAAAUUUUGAAUCAAAUUCCGACAAAGUUGCUUACGAUGUUGGUUCCAAUUUUGAAGAGGGAACGGUGGUUCGUGAAGUUUUAAGCAAUACAACCGCAACUGUGGGCUCUUCUGGUACUUUGCAAGUUACAAUAACUACUGGCAUGCCUCAAGUCUACUACCCAGAGGCUAGUUUGACUUCAUUCGGAAAGUUCUUGGGAACACCUACGAGUAUAUACUCUUCUUCAGCUUCUUAUCCAACCUCUUCAUUGUCCGAGUCACUUUCAUCAACAGCUAGUUCUACUUCUAGCUCUUCAUCUGCAUCACCUACAACAUUCGCUUCUGUUACUACGCAUCACAGAACAUAUACAAGCGGUUCUUCUACGUUUACGGUUGAUACAAAAAGCACCGCGUACUCUACCGGCAAACAUAGUUCGCGCGAGUCUAAGGGAUCUUCUAUGAAACCGUUACUAUCUGCAUUUUAUCCCGAGUGCAUUCUUAAUUCCCAGUUAUCUAGAUUAUAUUUGGAAAAUAUAACUUAUAAUUGA